AUGCGCUCUUCAAUCCUUUACCUCGCCCUGGCCGGCGUCGCCAGCAUCGCGCAAGCCAACCCAAUCAUCAAACCAGACGCCCAAGUCGACCCCAAAGGCCUCAUCACUCGCAGCCUCUCCCACCUCCUCUUCUCCCGCUCCGAACCAACACGCUCCGAGCCGCCCCCAACUAGGAGACAAGCAACGCCGCCUCCCCCUCUGACAAGCAACCCUGCCGCCGCCCCGCCCGGCGGCGGCGGCGCAGUCAACAAUGCCAACCGCACCGUCACUCUGACCGUGAUCCAAGGCGACACCCUCGGCCAGAUCGCGCGCCUCCUCAACUCGGGCAUUUGCAACAUCGCCAAGCUCAACAACAUCGCCAACCCAGAUUUCAUCGAGAUCGGACAGGUCCUGCAGGUGCCCAUCAACGUCGCCAACCCGGACAACGACUCGUGCCUCAACCGCGGCGGCGCGAUCCCGGCCCCGGGACAGAAUGCUACUGCUCCCGGUACGCCUCCGGCGGGUGGCAAGGGGAAGGGGAAGGGGAAGAAGGUUAAGCGAAGCGAGGCCCUACCCAACGUCUCUGUUCCUCUCAAGAUAUCGUUGAUCAAACCACGCAGAGCUAUGGCAGUAACAGCAUCCUCGCUGGCCUAUCAUGAGCCAUCCAUCACCACCAUCGCCAUCCUCUCCGGCUUCCUCCUGCUCCUCGAUUCCGUAAAUUACGCUCUCGACAAGCUCGUCUACUGUGGUCUCAUUGGUCAGGUAUUCCUCGGUAUCGCAUGGGGAACGCCAGGAGCAAAAUGGCUCUCCGAAGAGAUGGAGCACUCGAUGGUGCAACUGGGAUAUCUCGGCUUGAUUCUGAUUGUCUAUGAAGGAGGUCUCUCCACGUCUUUCAAGUCCCUCAAAGCCAAUCUUCUACUCUCAAUUGGCGUCGCCGUCACUGGCAUCGCUGUCCCCAUGGGACUCUCCUUCAGCCUGAGCUCUUUGAUCGGCGCCACACCGCUACAGGCCUUCGCCGCAGGAGCCGCGCUCUGCUCGACCAGUCUCGGGACAACAUUUACGGUUCUAGGCACGAGCGGCCUCACGACCACCCGCAUGGGAGUCGUGUUGACUAGCGCUGCCAUGAUGGAUGACGUCGUCGGCCUCAUCAUGGUUCAGGUCGUGUCCAACCUCGGUGGUGGCGGCGGCAGCGAUUUCAACGCCGUGACGGUGGUCCGACCGAUUCUCGUCUCGUUGGGUUUCGCGACCGUUGUACCGGCGGUGUGUAAGCUCGUCGUGGGCCCGAUCACAUUGCGCCUGAAUAUGAUAAGAGAGAAGAACCCUGGGUCCAAGGUUGACCAGCUUCUUCGUAUGCGUCAGACUGCUCUCGUCAUUCAUACGUGCUGGUUAUUUGGGCUCAUUAUGGGAGGGGCCUUCGCUGGGACGUCGACCUUGCUAGCGGCAUAUGUCGCGGGCGCCACCAUCAGUUGGUGGGACAGCGAGGUGCCUCAUCCCAUAUCUCGCGGAAAGGGAAAGCAGAAAGCAUUCAUAGUUCAAGGCGGAUCUGCUGCAGACAACCAGGAAGCUCUCUCUGCAAAUAACCCAGGGCAGUCGAGCUCCGAGAUCCCACCUGCAGCUACUCUGAUGCCAAGCAAUGGCGAAUCGGAUACCUACAACACAGGCAUUGAGAUCUACGAACAUUACUACAGCAAGGCCGUUGAUCACGUGCUGAAGCCUUUCUUCUUCGCAUCCAUCGGCUUCUCCGUACCGAUAACGAGGAUGUUUACCGGUCCCAUUGUUUGGCGUGGAAUAGUCUACACCAUCCUGAUGAUGGCUGGCAAACUAAUGUGUGGUGUUUGGCUGCUGUCUUUUGCCAGUCCGUUGCGCACCGUGCAGCGGAUCACCAAAAAGGUAUCCGGUGUAGGGAAGCAGAAGUCGAAGAAACUCGCACCCGGAACACAAUGUGCCGGGACAGCAUCGGAUUCGGGAGCAAACAACAGUCAGACUUCUCCGCCAAAGCAGCCGCAGCAGGACCAGGAGCCGCGGCAGGGUGCGCAAGAUGGUCAAACGGAAGAGAUGCCGCCUCAGCCGCUCGACUUGCGACAAACCGGAAAAACUCCGAAAAAUGCUUCUCCCAAGCCGGAGAUGCCGGUUUCCGUGUAUCCGGCCUGUAUCCUCGCCUUCGCGAUGGUCGCUCGUGGUGAGAUUGGCUACUUGAUCUCUGCACUAGCCGAAAGCACCGGCAUCUUCAGCGGCGGGUCAGGCGCACCCGAUCAGCCUUCGGAGAUGUUCUUGAUCGUGACGUGGGCCAUCACUUUGUGCACAAUCAUAGGACCUAUAUGCGUUGGUCUGCUUGUAAAUCGGGUAAAGCGGCUUGAGGCGCUCAGCGGCAAAGGCACGAAUGGAGGUGGACGGAACGUUCUUGGUGCCUGGGGUGUGGAGUAG